AUGCAAUUCGGUGAUGAAAGAGAGCACACUUUGAGAGAAGUGGCUUCAUUAGGCAACGUCAAGGCGACCCUUCAUUUAGCUCAUUCUGGCGUCAACCUAAACUCGCAGCAUGCCAUGAACGGCUGGACAGCUUUGCAUUGGGCUGCGCAUAGAGGCCAUGAACAUGUUGUUACAGCCUUAUUAAGAAGCGGUGCAGACCCGCUUAUCAAGACUCAAAAAGGACAAACAGCUCUUGAUUUGGCUGCAAAUCAUGAAGCUGCUGCUGCCGUGUUACGUGCUGCUGUAGGUGACAAGGCAGAUAUGUCUGUGGGACCUGAGCCAGCUCUUCCUAUUGUGCCAACAUACAUGCAAAAUCCUGAUUUAGAAAAGACUUGGCUGUUGCCUGAAGAGUUCUCCGAGAAUAAGGUUGAAAACAUCUUGAGAAAGCAAAAGGCUGCUGAUUUGGUCAAAAAUCCUGAUCAAGAAGUAUCUCCAUCGACACCAGCUACAUCAUCCGCUUCAGUACCAUCAUCAUCAUCAGCAGCAGCAGAAGAGAGAGAAGUGCUCGUGUAUUUGUCGCACCGUCAAGAUGAUAGUCUAUUGGGAUCUGUUUACUUGAAAAAUCAAUCAAUUGAAACUGCCAUUGAAGAUAUUAAAGAGGAGCUGGAUGGGCUACCUGAUUCAUUCACAGUUUCUCGCCAUAAUGGUAAAGUCAGUAUUCCCAUUAAUCCCAAGCAAAUGAGCAAAAGAUUAUUAGACAUUUUCCGAAAUGAGAAUGAUGUGUUGAUUGUUGUUGAAUCAAAGCAAUAA